AAAUAUUGCAGGACACACAGCCCAAGUUAUUGUUCCUUGUGUCUGAACCAAAAGUCACCAUGCUGCGCUUCAUCUGCCUAUUUCUGCUGUACUCAGGAGCCAUUGCAGAAUUGCCAUGCACAGUUAUGCCAGGGAAGCUGAAGCAGUUGGACGCAGGCAAUGGAGAAGUGUAUGGGGUGGCAGAUAAUGACACGAUUUACCUCUGGCACGCAAACCAAUGGGCACGGAUUGAAGGGAGGCUCAUACAUGUGACUGUGGGACCAGCUGGAGUCUGGGGAGUCAACAAAGAGAACUACAUUUACAGGCUGAACAAUUUUAACUGGAUACAAGUAUCAGGACGCUUGAAGCAGAUAGAUGCUGGGGGUAAUAAAUUCCUAUCAGGAGCCAAUUCUAACGAUGACAUUUACUGCCUGAACCAGGAUGCAACUACUUCCCCUGCAACUUCCUUACCCUAUGUCCAAAUUGAUGGGAAGCUGAAGCAUUACGCCUGCGGUCCUUUUGGUUGUUGGGGAGUCAAUAGCGCCAAUGAGAUCUAUUAUCGUAACCAGGUGACCCCAAACGCAUGCCACGGUACCUCAUGGACUAGGGUGGAUGGCAGUCUGAUCAUGGUGGAGGUUGGAACUGAUGGUUCAGUCUUUGGUGUGAAUGCAGACGGCUCCGUAUACAAAAGAGUUGGGAUCUGCCCUAAAAACCCCAGAGGAACCUCAUGGAUUCAGAUAGACGUCUGUAACGGCUUUAAGUACGUCAGCCAUGAUUCUGGGUUCCUGUGGCUCAUUAGUCAUAAUGGGAAUGUCUUUAGGUGUGAAUAUGCUGAUUCCAUGCUGUCCGAUUUGUUAUAAAGCCAAUUAAAUCACACUGUAACCCUUAUAAUAAAGCAACGUCACACGUGGCCUUUUCAUGGUUAAGGUGAUAUUUCUAUGGCUGAACAAGGUAAAACAUCUCAGAAUUCCGUUAUUCUUCCACUGAAUAAAAAUACUUCUGCUGGUCUGGGUGUUAUUCGACAUCAAAGAGGGUAAUGUAAGAUACAAAGUUUGCUAGUUUAGUAACCCAUAACAGCCAAUUGGUGGGUAGCAUUUGCUGGUCAGCUGAUUGGUCGCUAUUGGUUACUAGACCUGUCAAACGCUGCUCUUUAAAGUGUCAGCCACAAUACUUGUCUUUCUUUCUCAUAUUCUGAAGUUCCAACUGCUCUCAGUUCUCUCUUUGAUUAUUCUACAUGGAUUUUUCUUUCUGGCUAUGGGGGGGUGUGAUGUUGAUACAUUUAAAGUCUUUUUUUCAACCCAAAUGAACUCUGUAACUAUGUGAUCACAAAUUGUUUCAAUAAAUAAUAACAUUCA